CACAGCCCUCCGCCGUCCUCCACCUUGUACGUUGGCCGCUUUCAUUGCUCCUUUGCCGGCCGAGAGUCAUAAAGAAGGGCGGAGGAUCAUCGGAAGUGGAGGAAAUGACGAUGGAGUGGUCUGACGGCGGCGAGGAGUUCCUGCUGCCCGACGAGUUCCUCGACGACGACUUCUUCUCCGAGGAGGAGAAGGCCGCCGUGGCCGCGCGGAGCGAGAGCGACGAGGAGGACUCCAUGGCCGGCCUCUCGCGCCGCCUCGCCGGCCUCCUCGGCGACGGUGGCCUCGCUGUCCCGCCUCCCAAGGAGGAGGUGAGUUCCGGGUCCCCGAAAUCCACGCUGUAUGGCCUACCCAAGUCCGGCCAGGAGAGCCCCAACGGCGGCGCGUCGCAGGGCAACUCCCCGCCGUCCUCGCCGCUGGAGCAGAAGCCGACCGACCCGUGGGACCUCCUGUACGAGGCUGCCGGCGAGGUGGCGCGCAUGCGCGUGAACAACACCGUCCCGGUACCGAGUAACCCGUACGGCUUCCACGGCCACGGCGGCUUCGCGCCGCCGGCGCGCAACACUUCGCCGCCGCCACCACCGCAUCCUCCCGUGGCAGCACCAGCCGGCGGCGCCUACUACCACCCGUUCGCCCACUUCAUCACGCAGCGCCAGAUACAGGCGGCAAGGUUCCAUCUCCUGAAACAGCAGCAGCUCCUCAAGCAGCAGCGGGAGCGGCAGCUCUUCGCGGCCGCCGCCUGGGGCGUGCGCCGCAACGCCGCAUGCAAAAGGCCAAGCGGCGGCGGCAGCGGCGCAGCACCAAUCGACCUGAGCCCGGCGGCGUUCCCACCGCUCCUGAAGACGCAGCUGCAGCGCGCGCCGCCACCACCCCCUCACGCCGCCGGCGCCGGCAUGCGCGCGGUGUUCCUUACCCCGCCCGGCGCCAAGCGCGAGCGUAACGGCACCGGCGUCUUCCUCCCGCGGCCGGCCGGCGCGCCGGCGGAGCCCAAGAAGAAGACAAGCUGCUCGACGGUUCUUGUCCCCGCCCGUGUCGUGCAGGCCCUGAAUCUCAACCUCGACGACCUCGGCGCCCAGCCGCGCUACCCCGGCGGCUUCGUGCUUGACCAUGAUGCUUUGAUUAGUCGGAGCAACGCCAUGAUCGCAAGCCAGAAGCUUCGGGCAGCGCAGUCUUCCUCGCCGUCGCCGCCGCAACCCUCCCAGGCGCUCUGCCACAGCUCGUGA